GACAGUGCUGUCACCACUGGGAUUUAGUCGGCUUACUGCUAGCUGUCAAAAUUAAUUGAUAUUGGAAAUCCUAAGCUAAUUAAAACAUGAAGAUAAUUCCGAUUCUGUUAUUCGCAGCAGGGAUUGCUUGUGUGUAUGCCAGAUACAGAGGUAGAGACUAUGAACAGCAAAAAAUUUGCAAUGAAUAUUCUACUUUAGGAGGCAACAUAUUCAAAGCACUUGUCAUUGCUUCACACAGCCAGAAGUUUUCAACUGCUGCAUUUGAAGAAAUAAAUGCCCUGGCUGAUGGAGUGGUUAAACUAGCUGAAAAGUGCUGUGCUGUGGGAACUGAUCCAAACUGCUAUGAUGAUGAGGCUACAGUCAUCUCUGAAAAAUCAUGUGCUAACACAUCUGGAUUUCCCACACAUCCUGGAAUUACAGAAUGUUGCAAAAGUGAAGGACUGGAGAGAAAGCUCUGCUUAGCUGAUCUUCGUUUACCUUUAGAAGAGUUUCCUGCCUUGGAGGAAACAACAAAUGAAGAGAUCUGUCAGCAGUUUCAGAAAGAUCCACAGACGUAUGGAAACAGGUACUUGUAUGAACUAGGGAGAAGACAUGGAAAUGUGCCUAUUGGAUUACUGUUAAAUGUCUCAAACAAACAUUUAAACAUGGUUGCAGCAUGCUGCGUUCCUUCUCUAUCAAAUUUCUGUUUCCUUAAAGAGAGGCUGAAUCAGAAAGACUCAAUGUUAUUUUUAAGGCAUGCAUCUCAUCUUUGCAAUAGUCAAAAAUAUAUCAAGUCAUUCAAAACUGGCUUGAAUGUACAUUAUGGCCAGCUUAUACCCAGUGCUUCAUUUAAAGAAGUCUCUCCAGUUGUGAAAUACCUUGAGGAAGGCCUUGCAAAAUGCUGUUCAAACCCAGACCCUGAUUGUCUUAUGAACGAGAUUUCAGGAUAUAAGACAGCUUUGUGCACAGAUUCUGUUUUACCCAAUAAAUGUGAGAAAUUUAAGCAGUGCUGCCAAAAAUCACCUGUGGAGGUUUUCAGUUGCAUUGAAUCGCUGAGUAUUCAUGCUUCAAAUGAAUUUUCCAAGAUAACAGAACCUUCCAAUGAAGAAUUGUGUAAAGAAAACAGUGAUUCUAUAGUAACAGAGUAUCUCUUUGAAUUUGGAAAAAGACACCAGCAUUUGUCAUCUGUAAUACUUGCCCCAGUGUUUGAUGGAUUCAAUAAGAUGGUCACCUCAUGCUGCAAGGAGGCGGAUCCAAAUAUUUGCUUGACUAAAGCGAAAUCUCAAAUCAAAGAAGAGAUGGAGACUUUUAGCACAAAGCUUGGUGGAAUAUGUGAAAGUUAUCACAAAAUGGAUUUUAUUCCUUUCAAACAAAAAAAUCGUAAACAUCUGCAAGAAAAGAUGCCUACCUCCCCACCAGAAGAAAUUAAUCGAGUGGCUCAACUACAAGAAGAUUUUGCUGCAACUUGCUGCUUUUAUACAGCACCACGACUUAGAUGUCAAGAGUUGGUAAAGGCAGUGAUUGGAAACACCUGUAAAGAAAAUCCUUGCUUUAUAAUUUAGGAAUGUGCUGCCGUAACACCUUGUGAAGCUCUGAAAGACUUAUUCUGGAACUUGGCACAUUCAAAUUUCUGCAUUUUGAACACCAUACAUUCCUAUGUUUCAACCUUGUUUUGGAUUUUGGCUUCUUGUGCAAAGUGGUGCUCUAUUGCAUACUUUUUGUCAUAAGAAUUUUAAUGUUCGGUUUGUUGAUACAAAUACAAGAACAGAAAUGAAAAUUGUAUAUUCAUGGUAACAAAUAAUAAAAAACAGCAACUGAAAAA